CCAUGCAUUCACACAUAUAAACACACAUACAGACACAUGCACAACACAAAUGUAGUCACAGUUAUAGAGAAUACUGCUUAUUCUUAGGACAGUGCUUUAUUUACUUUUUUUAAUUAUUUUCCUUACUGAUGCAUUAGAAUCUUGUAUGUAAUCAAAAUCACACUUUUAUCUGUUGCAAACGCUUGCUAAAUUGUGCCCAAGAUGGCUUGGCUUUGGUUACCACAGCAACAUCGUGGGCUUUGUGAGCAAGGAGACGCCCUUCUGAGGGAGAGAGAGUCCGGAACCUUCUUGCUGCGCUUCAUCGAGAGCCACCUGGGAGGGAUCACCUUCACCUGGGUGGAGCAGGCAGACAAUGGGGAGGCUAAAUUCAUCUCAGUGGAACCCUACACCAAGAACCGGCUCUCCGCUCUUCCAUUUGCCGAUAUCAUCCGGGACUGCAAGGAUGGCAUUUUGCCUGGAAACCCACUGAAGUUACUAUAUCCUAAUAUUCCCAAAGACGAGGCCUUCGGGAAACAUUAUGACAGUCAGCAGAGCAAAGGCAAAAUUCACAGUGAGCGGUUUUGCCGGGAAACAUUUCUUGUCGGCAAACACUACAUUACACCUAUUUAAUUAUUUACAGACUAAAAAAAUGUCCUCAUUAUUUCCAACACUGUCAGUUCCUGCCUAAAGAGGUGG